CGUCAUUUUGCGCGAGAGACUCGUCUUCAAACUGGUCUUGCGCAUAAACUCUCCUUGGUUCACGCACUCCGUACAUUCAUUUGGAACUGCGGGUCCAAGAACAUGAUUGCCCUCAGGAUCAUCGUCGUCAUCCUUACGUAUUCGCAGCUAUGUGGCACACAACGUAAACUCCCAGACGAAAUCACAUUUCAGCUUUACGUCGCCUUCGACAAUGUCCUGCACACCCAUUUCAGCAACGAAAAUUUAGCCAAGAAGUAUGUCAGCGCGUUCUUCCGUGCGAUCAACCUCCAAUUUCAACAGAUGCAGAAUCCUAGAAUCAAGUUCGAAUUCGUUAUGUUUCACGGUCAGUUCGUCCCGUUUACAAAGGAUGCUCUGGUAGUGGAGGAUGGUGAAGUGAACGCUCAGAAAAGCCUUCAUUCCCUCUACAACUUCACACGUACAAGAAGUCAAUUUAUUUCAUCAGACAUCGUCUUCGUCUUUUCGGGGAGGAAAGUAUUCACAAAUGAAGGCAACCAAAAGAGCUAUCGUUCACAAGGUCUCACAUGGGAGAAAGGAAUAUGCAACGCCAACAGGAAGUUUGUUAUUGUUAGCGACAUAGGCAAGCGUUUCAGUGCCUUGCCCAACGCUGCGUUCCAGCUUGCUCGCCUACUCGGCGCACCAACGGCCUGCACACCGGACCAUUAUUUGCUGCAGGGGAACUCUAUGCUAUUUAAUCUUUCGCCUUGUGUUAUGAGCAAUAUUAAAAAUCAUCUCACAAAACUACUCAAUGACAGCUACACGUUGGCAACAGACUGCUUCGCAAGAAAGUACAAGUCGAAUACUAGUCAGUACUACGACGGCCUACCAUACUCCAUGUCUGAUGUACAGACGUUUUGCAUUGAAGAACAACGCAUGAAGGAAUUUGGCGAUAUAAGAGGCCCAUGCCAUAGCAAAGACAUCAAAUCUCGUUUGAGAGGGUCAUACGCGAAAACAAUCAAAAAGAAGGGCUGGGGUGUGUUCGAUCCUGUCAAGAGCUGCUUCUUCGACUGCUGCAGUCUGAAGUACAUUUCACUCAACAUUCACUACAACAUUGUGAGGUAUGCUGCAUUUGAUGGGAAACCUUGUGGCCUUAAGGACAAAAUCUGCGUUCAAGCUCAAUGCGUCCAGAAUACAGCCAUACCGUAAGAAUGCAGGAAAUGACCUAGACACCCCCGGACAGCUUCGAAGACUUCCAAGUUCGUUUUCCAAGAGAGUGGAAACACUGCGCAUUAUUAGUAGUAUGGCAAUGUAAUGUAAAAGUAAUUAAAGUGAAAUGAAUGUAAA